AAUACUAUCAACACUUGAGUUGGCAGCCCAGCCGGCAAUUUUUUAGGCUACGUGUCUUAGUUUUCUGAAUCGUCUGGAGUUCAAAUUACCCGACGCAUUGGAAUUGGAUCAGGACCCGACAUGAAUAAGACGCCCAAGAUGCUGAACAGCAAGGUGGCCGGUUACAGCAGCCUGAUAACCUUCGCCAUCCUGCUGAUCGCCUGGCUGGCCGGAUUUUCGAGUCGCCUCUUCGCCGUCAUCCGCUUCGAGUCGAUUAUCCAUGAGUUUGAUCCGUGGUUCAAUUACCGGGCCACCGCCUACAUGGUACAGCACGGCUGGUACAAGUUUCUCAACUGGUUCGACGAGCGCGCUUGGUACCCUCUUGGUCGUAUCGUCGGUGGUACAGUGUACCCUGGUCUGAUGAUCACCUCCGGCGGCAUUCACUGGCUGCUCAACAUCCUCAACAUUCCGGUACACAUCCGCGACAUCUGCGUGUUUCUGGCUCCAGUUUUCAGCGGCCUUACCUCAAUCUCCACCUACCUGCUGACCAAGGAGCUGUGGUCGUCUGGAGCUGGCUUGUUUGCGGCUAGCUUCAUAGCUAUUGUGCCAGGCUACAUCAGCCGAUCGGUGGCCGGAUCAUACGAUAACGAAGGCAUAGCCAUCUUCGCCCUGCAAUUCACCUACUUCCUGUGGGUGCGUUCAGUUAAAACUGGAUCAGUAUUUUGGUCGGCGGGAGCCGCUCUCUCCUACUUCUACAUGGUGUCCGCCUGGGGUGGUUACGUGUUCAUCAUCAACCUCAUCCCACUGCACGUCUUUGUGUUGCUUAUCAUGGGCAGGUACUCGCCGCGUCUACUGACCAGCUACAGCACCUUCUACAUCCUGGGCCUGCUGUUCUCCAUGCAGAUUCCGUUCGUUGGCUUCCAGCCAAUCCGUACCAGCGAGCACAUGGCUGCCCUGGGCGUGUUUGUGCUCCUGAUGGCCGUGGCUACUUUGAGGCAUUUGCAGUCGGUGCUUUCGCGCAACGAGUUCCGGAAACUGUUCAUCGUCGGUGGUCUGCUGGUAGGAGUGGGCGUUUUUGUGGCCGUCGUGGUUCUUACGAUGCUGGGCGUCGUGGCCCCGUGGAGCGGACGUUUUUACUCGCUGUGGGAUACCGGCUAUGCGAAAAUCCACAUUCCAAUUAUUGCCUCUGUGUCGGAGCACCAGCCGACGACUUGGUUCUCCUUCUUCUUCGAUCUCCACAUCUUGGUAUGCGCUUUUCCAGUUGGAGUGUGGUAUUGCAUCAAGCAGAUCAACGAUGAGCGCGUCUUCGUAGUUCUGUAUGCGAUUAGUGCUGUGUACUUCGCCGGUGUGAUGGUGCGUCUAAUGCUGACGCUAACCCCUGUUGUGUGUAUGUUGGCGGGCGUGGCCUUCUCAGGAUUGUUGGACGUUUUCCUGCAGGAGGAUUCAUCAAAACGAAUGGGUUCAGCCAUACAUGCCGCCGCUGAAGUGGAUGAAGCCGAGGACUCCAUUGAAAAGAAGACCUUGUACGAUAAGGCUGGAAAACUGAAGCACCGAACCAAACAUGACGCUCAACAGGACACUGGUAUCAGUUCAAACCUUAAGAGUAUUGUUAUCCUGGCUGUUCUUAUGCUCUUGAUGAUGUUUGCUGUCCACUGCACCUGGGUCACUAGCAAUGCCUACUCCAGCCCGUCCAUUGUGCUGGCUUUCCACAACAGCCAAGAUGGCUCGCGCAAUAUAUUGGACGACUUUAGGGAGGCCUACUACUGGCUUUCGCAGAACACCGCCGACGACGCUAGGGUAAUGUCCUGGUGGGAUUACGGCUAUCAGAUAGCAGGCAUGGCGAAUAGAACAACUUUGGUGGACAAUAAUACGUGGAAUAAUAGUCACAUAGCUCUGGUCGGCAAGGCUAUGUCCUCGACCGAAGAGAAGUCGUAUGAAAUCAUGACAUCUCUGGAUGUGGACUAUGUGCUUGUGAUCUUUGGCGGUGUCAUUGGCUACUCUGGCGACGACAUCAACAAGUUCCUGUGGAUGGUUCGUAUCGCCGAGGGCGAGCAUCCCAAAGAUAUCAAGGAAAGCGAUUACUUUACGGACCGGGGUGAAUUCAGAGUCGAUGCUGAAGGCGCGCCAGCUUUACUUAAUUGCCUUAUGUACAAAUUAAGCUACUACAGAUUUGGGGAGUUGAAAUUGGACUAUAGAGGACCAUCGGGAUAUGAUCGCACUCGCAACGCAGUCAUCGGCAACAAAGACUUCGAUUUGACGUAUUUGGAAGAAGCAUACACAACGGAGCACUGGCUGGUUCGAAUCUACAGGGUAAAGAAACCUCAUGAGUUCAACAGACCCGCUCUAAAAGCAAAGGAAAGGACGAUUCCACCAGGAAAUUCAAUCUCUAGAAAGAAUGCGAAGCGUCGCAAGGGCUACAUACGAAACCGGCCAGUUGUUAUUAAAGGAAAACGGACCUUGAAGUAAACACAAAAAUUAAUUUGUAUUUAUCUUACACUAAUAGAAACUUGGUUAAAACGCAUUACACAAGGCACACGUUUGGUGAAAGUGGUUACCGUGCAUCCUCAUGUUGAGGGCUUUUAUUGCCGCGUCCAAAUUAAAUCAAACCUCUUUCCAUUCUCGUGCGUCCCUGAUAAAAUUCCUAUAUCCUCCGAUUUAAUUGUUUCGCGGCUCCACCAUUCAUUGUCUUAAGCUAGCAAUUCAAUAAAGCAGAGUGUACAUUUUUAAACCUAA